AUGGGGCCACUCUCUGUGGAGCAAAUCGGCGUAGCCACCUUAGUUAGGUUAGGAAUCGAGGGAUCCAGCAGAUUUCGCACGGACUUUUUACAAGAGUUACCGACACCCGGCACGGGGCCAUCAUUCGAUACGUCUGUGCCAAAUAACCUCACUGGUCUCGUCGGCAAAACAGCAUAUCUCAACUGCAGGGUCAAAAAUCUGGGAAAUAGAACGGUUUCCUGGGUUCGACAUCGAGACAUCCAUCUAUUAACCGUAGGAAGGUACACGUACACAAGUGACCAGCGGUUCGAGGCUAUUCAUUCACCUCACACAGAGGACUGGACCCUGAGGAUAAGAUAUCCGCAGCAGAAAGACACCGGGAUCUACGAGUGCCAAAUAUCAACGACCCCUCCAAUUGGUCAUCCGAUCUUCCUCAAUGUCGUCGAACCUAUCACGGAAAUUGUGGGUGGUCCAGACCUGUACAUCAACCAGGGCAGCACCAUUAAUAUUACGUGCCUUGUGCAUUUCGCGCCGGAGCCACCCCCGGCGAUUGUUUGGAGUCAUGAGCAGCAGGUGAUAAAUUUUGAUUCCCCACGGGGCGGCAUUAGUUUGCUGACAGAGAAGGGUGCCAUAACUUCCAGUAGAUUGCUCAUCCAAAAGGCGUCCGCUAUGGAUUCGGGCAAAUACGAGUGCAGUCCGUCCAACGCGGGAGCAGCAACUGUUAGAGUUCAUAUCCUAAGUGGUGAGCAGAGAGCCAUGUCCAUGCACGUAGGCCACGGCACGAGCCCAUUCUGCCCCCCAUUCAUGAGUGCCUUGCUAUUACCUUUUAUUCUUCUGUUGCGGUCGGCUGUCGUCUAGUCUCAAGUCCAACUCGUCAUGCUCCGAUUCUCUCAAUGUUUAUACAAUUUUUUUACUUCGUAAAUCUAUAUUUUGUUAUUUUAAUCGUUAAGUUGUGAUCUAUGUGUGAUUCGGCUGCUGUCUCUAUUCAUGAGGUAUUUUCGGUGCAGGCGAAAGCAACAUCAAUUGAACGGUUUGGAGACCAAGGAGUAGAAGUGCACCAUGUCUUCAAGAUUUUUCAGUAUUUUUUUUCU